GCUCUGCGGGAUGCUGACUGGACUCGGCGGCUCUCGGGAGCACGUCAGGACUAGGGCAGCACGGUUGGCCGGCGCCCUUCCUCCGGCUGCUUCUCCGGAAUGAGGCCUCGGCGCCCGCGCGGGACGACUCGGUUCCUCCGCAGAGCGAAUCCUAGGAGAGGCCGAAGCCGCCGCGAUGCCGGGGAAGCUGAAGGUGAAAAUCGUGGCCGGUCGCCAUUUGCCGGUGAUGGACCGUGCCAGUGACUUGACGGAUGCCUUCGUGGAGGUAAAAUUUGGUAAUACAACCUUUAAGACAGAUGUGUACCUCAAGUCACUCAAUCCUCAGUGGAACUCAGAGUGGUUUAAAUUUGAGGUGGAUGAUGAAGAUUUACAAGAUGAACCUCUGCAGAUCACAGUUCUUGACCACGAUACUUACAGUGCAAAUGAUGCUAUUGGCAAGGUGUACAUUGACAUCGACCCGUUACUGUAUAGUGAAGCUGCCACGGUCAUCUCAGGGUGGUUCCCAAUUUAUGACACCAUACAUGGUAUCCGUGGAGAAAUCAAUGUUGUUGUCAAAGUAGACCUCUUCAAUGAUUUAAACAGAUUUAGACAGUCUUCAUGUGGAGUUAAAUUCUUUUGCACAACAUCUAUUCCAAAGUCCUACAGAGCUGUGGUAAUCCAUGGAUUUGUAGAAGAACUUGUGGUCAAUGAGGACCCUGAGUAUCAAUGGAUUGAUCGAAUUCGCACACCAAGGGCAUCGAAUGAAGCCAGGCAGAGACUCAUUUCCUUAAUGUCAGGUGAAUUACAGAGAAAGAUUGGCUUGAAAGUCCUCGAGAUGAGAGGAAAUGCAGUUGUUGGGUACUUGCAGUGCUUUGAUCUGGAAGGCGAGUCUGGGUUAGUGGUACGAGCCAUAGGAACAGCGUGUACUCUGGAUAAAUUAAGUAGCCCGGCAGCAUUCCUUCCUGCAUGCAAUUCCCCAUCCAAAGAAAUGAAGGAGCUUCCCUUCAAUGAGGAUCCCAACCCCAAUCCUCACUCAUCAGGACCCUCAACCCCUCUGAAAAACCAAACUUAUUCCUUUUCACCUUCCAAGUCCUACAGUCGGCAGUCCUCUUCUUCUGACACAGAGUUGAGUUUGACACCCAAGACUGCACCUUACCCACAGGGGCCGGGGAUCUACCUGUGUCCCAGCUCCACCCCCCUCUCUUGUGGUUCCCUUCACCUUAAGUCCCGCCUCCUCUCGGAAUCUAGCCUUACCCCUCAUCACUCUAGCCUUGUCAGCCCUGUUCUGAGGAAAAGUGUUUCUUUCAGUGAAGAGUUGUUCCUGGCUGCUUCUGGAAUGGGCAGUGGUAGUGCUGGAAAAGAAGGGGGGCCCUUUAAAGCUCUUCUGCGGCAACAGACCCAGUCGGCGCUGGAGCAGCGGGGAGGAUCGCCUCAUAGGUUCUGUAGAAGGCGGGAAUUCCCCUUCCUCACCUUGACGGCCUUCCCCCCUGGACUUCUUGUGCACGUCGGUGGUGUUGUCAGUGCACGCUCUGUGAAGCUUUUAGAUCGGAUCCACAACCCUGAUGAACCAGAAACUCGAGAUGCAUGGUGGGCAGAAAUCAGACAAGAGAUAAAGUCACAUGCUAAAGCCUUAGGCUGCCAUGCUGUAGUGGGCUACAGCGAGUCAACUAGCAUCUGUGAAGAAGUCUGUAUUUUAUCAGCGUCUGGUACGGCAGCUGUACUGAACCCUCGGUUUCUGCAGGAAGGCACUGUGGAGGGUUGUUUGGAACAAAGGAUUGAAGAGAAUUUACCUGUGGGCUGCGGAUUCUGCCAUAUACCGUACGAUGAACUGAACAUGCCGUUUCCAGCUCAUCUCACGUAUUGCUAUAACUGCAGGAAGCAGAAGGUCCCUGAUGUUCUCUUUACAACUAUAGAUCUGCCCACAGAUGCAGUGGUUGUUGGAAAAGGUUGUCUUAUUCAGGCAAGGUUAUGUCGAUUAAAAAAGAAAGCACAGGCAGAAGCUAAUGCUACAGCUAUCAGUAAUCUCUUGCCGUUUAUGGAAUAUGAAGUACACACUCAACUGAUGAACAAGCUCAAACUCAAAGGAAUGAAUGCUUUGUUUGGACUGAGAAUUCAGAUCACAGUGGGCGAGAACAUGCUGAUGGGCUUAGCGUCGGCCACAGGAGUCUACUUAGCAGCCUUACCAACGCCUGGUGGUAUCCAGAUUGCUGGGAAGACCCCUAAUGAUGGCUCCUAUGAGCAGCACAUCUCCCACAUGCAGAAGAAAAUAAAUGACACGAUUGCAAAAAACAAAGAACUGUAUGAGAUCAACCCCCCGGAGGUAUCUGAAGAGAUGAUAGGAUCACCCAUCCCAGAACCCAGACAGCGCUCAAGGCUUUUAAGAUCACAAUCAGAAAGUUCUGAUGAAGUUACAGAGUUAGACCUUUCACAUGGGAAAAAAGAUGCUUUUGUUUUAGAGAUCGAUGACACUGAUGCCAUGGAAGAUGUGCAUUCCCUUCUUACUGAUGUCCCACCUCCUUCAGGUUUUUAUAGUUGCAAUACAGAAAUUAUGCCUGGCAUAAAUAAUUGGACAUCAGAAAUACAGAUGUUCACAUCAGUAAGAGUGGUCAGACUAAGUAGCCUCAACCUGACUAACCAAGCUCUCAAUAAGAACUUCAACGGUCUAUGUGAGAACUUGCUCAAGAGCCUGUACUUCAAACUGAGGUCGAUGGCCCCCUGCUGCCUCUGCCAUGUGAACUUCACAGUGUCUCUGCCUGAAGAUGAGUUAAUCCAGGUUACAGUCACAGCAGUUGCAAUAACUUUUGAUAAACACCAGGCCUUACAGACCACCAAGCCCCACGUUGAAAAGUCACAACAAAGAGCCUCUGCAGAUAAUGAAGAACUGCUGCAGUUCCCGCUGGAACUCUGCUCGGACCCACUGCCUUCUCAUCCUUUCCCAGCAGCUAAAGAACACCUGGAGAGUGCGAACUCUAACUCAGGUAUACCAGCUGCACAGAGAGCAACGUCAGUUGAUUACAGUUCCUUUGCAGACAGAUGCAGCAGCUGGAUAGAGCUCAUUAAACUGAAAGCUCAGACCAUAAGGCGCGGAUCAAUUAAGACAACUGUGACUGUUGAAAAAGCGAGUCCCAUGGGUGAUGGAAAUUUCCGGAAUCGUUCUGCACCACCUUGUGCAAGUCCCACAGUUGGGGUUGUUAAGAUGACGCCUCUUUCUUUCAUCCCUGGAGCAAAGAUAACAAAAUACCUUGGCAUCAUUAACAUGUUUUUUAUUAGAGAAACUACUUCUCUCCGUGAGGAGGGCGGAGUCAGUGGUUUUCUCCACGCUUUUAUUGCUGAAGUGUUUGCCAUGGUCCGAGCUCACGUCGCCGCGCUGGGAGGGAACGCUGUUGUCUCCUACAUUAUGAAGCAGUGUGUCUUCAUGGAGAAUCCCAGUAAGAACCAGGCACAGUGUCUCAUAAAUGUCAGUGGGGACGCGGUGGUUUUUGUUCGUGACUCUGACUUAGAAGUCAUAUCAUCUCAGCAGCCUGCUACCAACUGCCAGCCAUCAUGUACUGGAGAAGUUACAACCUGAAGACAGCAGCUCAACUGAGUGAAAUUCACGUGUCUCCAUUAUUUGUCGUCUUCUCAGACCAGAAGGCCCAGCGUGGGGGUGGAGUGCUGAGGAGGGGGAUGCGUCUGGUUGGUUUGCCUGCACAUCUUGGAGACUUUGAGAAUUUCUCAUCUUGACAUUUUGUUUGUCCAAUCUACACAGACCUGCCCCGUGGAUUCUAGUACCUUCAGUUAUGGGAGUUAUUUGUAAUUUAUGUUGAUUUUAAUAAAAUUAUAAUUAAAAGUGAAAUGGAAAGGUUAUCAAGAAUCUAGGAUAGGUAGCUUCCAUGACUUUGAAAACUAAGCAGGAAUCCAAAUUGCUAAUGAGUCCAGAGUUGAUUUGGAAAUGGAGGAAACUGUGUAUUUUCAGAUAAUUACUGUGCGGAUUUCUCAGUAUCUGUUGCUUGAAAUGAAUAAUUUGUUAGCUGGAUGGGUAAUGGUUUCAACCAUCUUUUGAAAGGAAGAUUCUACAGUAUGUGUCUGCAGAACUGCUCUAAGGAGCUUCUCUGGGAGCUGUCCACAUCCCGGAGCGUGGGAAUGCCUCACGACUGGCUGUCCACAUGAAGGAGGGAGGGGCCACCUCAUGACUGGCUGUUGUUCAGAUUUAAUUGUCUAGAAGAGGCUUGGCUUCAACUGGGGAGAGACUGUUGUAGAAUGUAUUUUAAGUAGUGAAAAUACAGUUGACCUAGGAAGAAGAGGAUUAUUUUCUAGUGAUAUUAUAUUGCACUCUUAGUAAUCUUAGGGAUUGGUGAGGUACAUUGUUGGUACAGAACAUGGAAAGGAGACUUGACUAUUCUGUGAACUGUUGAAUGUAUGUAUUAAGUCUUACCUAUGCCAAGUACCCACUACUAAUGAUAUCAAAUUCCUCCUUUGCCCAAUAAAAUGUCCUUAUAAAACUUAGGAUUUUAUUCUCUCAAAACAACAAAUUACCCUAAAGAUGAAAAGUCAUCUUACUUGUUACACAGGUGUCAAUAUUUUUCUGUAUUUUGUUUAUAAUUUUAUUUUUUAAAUAAAAAGUUUAUAAACA